CUUUGCACUGCGCAAUGUGAAAUGCUCCAAUAUUUUGGUUGGUGAAUUUUUUCGUAAGCUAUGUUGCAUUCGCUGAUUUCUUGAGAAAUAAAAAUGUUACGGAUAUUUCUUUUCAUUCCACUAAUCGCUGCUAUACAAGGUGCAGAAUUGUCGAAAAAACCUGCUAGAAACAACACCGGGAUAUGCAGCACUGAUUCGAGCGACUUUCGCAGACUUUCCCAGAACGAGAAAUUAUUCGUUGAUAAAACAUUAUUUAUUAAAGCGGUAACCUUAAACAGUAACCAAUACCUAUUAAUUACAGCACCUCGUCUCUUUGGUAAAACUACCAAUGUGAACAUGUUAAAAUGGUUCUACGAAAUUGAAGUAUCAGAAAAUGGUAUUCCAUUAACGAAAAAAGAUAUAUUUUCUAAUACCACCAUGGUUGAUGAUACUCCAAACUACCAACUUUUCCAGCAACGUAAAUUGAAAAUCAUGGAAAACGCCAGCGACAUUGUGGCUUCACAUUUCGGGAAAUACCCAGUAGUACUUUUGGAUUUUCAAUAUCAUGAAACUAUCGAAUCUUACAACGCUUUCAUCAAUGCUACGUUACGAGCAGUACACACAGCUUUCAAACAGCAUAAUUACUUGGAAAAUAGUCCGAAACUGGAUGAAUUGGAAAAAAGUUAUGUUAAAACGUGGCUACACGAAGAAUUUUACGAACAUUACUCGAUAGAUCAUCGUUUCAUUCAUGUCACAAAAGGGUGUAAAAAAUUACUCCAUUAUUUACACAAGCAUUUCGGCAAAGAUUCCGUAUUUUUAGUAGACGGAUACGAUGCGAUGGUAUGGAAAGCGAUGUUGAACCCCACAUUGGACAAUACAACCAUCGAAAAAAUAGUUUCGAUAAUCUUGCGUUUUCUAAAAGACUUAUUCAAGGAUGGUGAUGAAAAUCACGUCGAGCGAGCAAUCAUCGUUGGUAUUUCGUUUAUAACCAAUCAAUACACCGAUUUGGAUUUUCUUCAGACAUACCGAUUCAUGCAAAACAAUGAAUUCGUAGAUUUUUUUGGUUUCUCGUCGGAUGAUGUUGAUGGGUUAAUGAAUGCAUCCAGAAUAACCUCAGAACUCAGGGAUUCAGCAAAGUCCUACUACGAAGGCUACCACUAUCAAGGUGAAAAAAUCUUCUCACCGUGGUCGAUUACUCGAUUCUUGGACCACAUCGAACAUAAAGUUGACCAAUACUGGGUCAGAACUGAGCCCUUGUUUAAUUUCACAACUAUUUUUAAAAAGAAUAAGGAAUUGUUUACAUUGAUGGAGAAGUUGGCGAGUAAUGAAAUAGUCAAGUUUCCUUGCGAGCGCAGCUUAACACCUUCAGCACUCGUAAUAUUGAGAAUUGUCCUCAUCAUUCCCCAAACGACAAAAAUAAACCCAUAUGUACAAAGAAUUGCCAUGAUCUUUUUCUUGGCGCAUGGUUACAUCAGUAUUGUUGAACAAGAUAAUAACGAAAUAGAAGGCAUAUUACCAAAUGAGGAAAUCAGAUCUUAUUUAAUCGAACAUAUUGUUCGUGAGGUUCAAUGCGGUAACGAAACGAACAAUUCAACAUAGAAGUACAAAAAAUCGGCCAUCUUUUAAAACUCGUUAAAUUUACCUACUCCUAAAAUCUGGUACUUUUACGAUCAAGAUCAAGUUGUGUA